UUAUAAAACCAAAACCGCCCUCUACAGAGAUUUUCAGAAAUUAAACCUACACUUUAAUUGUUCCAACAAUAAUUUUACGUAGUGUUACACAGUGUAAUUUAGCAUGUCCUAGUUGGAGAACACCCUAUAAAUGGACGUUAAAUUUCGCGGUGUCCAAAUCAAAAAAUUGUCUAUUCUCUUUCUAUCUUAACCGAAGAUGGCGCUACCGUGAUAGUGGUAUUUCGCUCAUCCAGAAACAACCCGUCCGUUUUAUUAAUCGAUCAUUCCGGGAGUCGUUGUGCAUGAAUCGCGUUCGAGUUUUGUUGCGGCCUCAUCGCGGUCUCGAGAUUGAUAAAAUAAAACGCAUAUAGAUACGUCAUCGUCAGGUGAGAUGUAAUUGUCAAAAUAAGUUUGCACGCUAUUCCCAUACAGCCGAUGAUGUCCUCGUGAAGCAAGAUGCGAUCACACGUAUUUGGCACAUCGACGAUUAAAUUAAUAAAAUUGCUGGAGGAAAGGAUCGCUGCGCACCAGGACACACCACUAUGACGAGAUAACAGAUGCAGAAUGAGACACAGCAGCAGCGGUAACCUAUUCAGUUAUGCGGUCCUCACAUUCACCCUCACUCGCCUCAAGGUAUAUGCAGAAAGCGGAGUUGCUUGUAAAGAUCAAUCUGGACGCAUUUUUGAAAGUGGUAUCUAUUAUACUCCUGGACCUGAACCAUGUACAUUUUGUGUUUGUGAUAAUGGCAAUCCAAAGUGGUGUAAAGCAUUUAUUUGCAAAUUUCUCGAGGAGAAUUGCAAAUCUUUUCGUCGAGGUAAUACCUGUUGCGAAUUUAUUUGCUUGGAUGAUACAUUGUCAUCAAUAUCUAACGACAAAGCCGACGGAGCAGGAACUAACGUAAUAGACGGAAAUGCGAAUUAUGAUGUAGGUUUACGAUCAGUUGCCAGUUUUGUGACAGCCAUAUUUUCAUUGAGUCUGUUAUUCUUUCUGAUACAUCGUCUGCGUCAACGUAAAAUACAAGUUUGUGUAGCGGGUCGAGAAAACAGGCAACUCGGAGAAGAUCAGAGAAGUUUAAGCAAUAUGGGAUAUUUGGAUAGAGGGUUGCCUCAUGGGGUUCCCAUGGAUGAUAUAUCUUGCGGAACAGGUUACUCACUAUGGAAACCACCUGGUAGCAAUUAUUUCCCACGUGGUGAGGCGCCUCCGCCCUACGAAGAGGCAAUCGCUGCUGCGAGAACGGAGCAACUGCUAUCAAUGAAUCCGCACACGUUAUUGUCGAUGAACUUUUCCGACAAUUAUAUGCCAAAUAUUAACAAUCAUACAAACGUAUCGGUCGUCGCAGACGCACAAGAUGAAUUAACUGUAAACACGCAAGCCUCAUCCAAUGAUAAUCAUACAAGCACACCCCUGAUAUCUUCAUCGAAUAGACCGCUUCCUAGUCCCAGCAUAUAUUCGUCUGGCAAUUAUCGAUCGAUGAACCAAAAUAUCAAUGCAACAUCCACUGUUGGUUUGAAUACGAGUACAUCUACUACGAAUUUCACAAUGGGAACAAAUACGUAUGAAAAUCUACCCAUCCCGAUCAGUACGACUAAUUUCAACGACAGUCAACAUUCUGGGAUGAGUAGCACCAGUACACAACAAUCAUUAUUGCCGAUAUCACAUUCUACUAUACCCAAGAAUUAUCGCCAGCAUACGACGAUUUUUCAGCGUCAAAGCGAUGUUGGUGCGUUCACGAUAUCGGCAACUCUGCCGAAUUCGGACGUGUCUUCUCAUCGCACAAUCUCGCGAACGUUAACAUCUCGCAUUACUGGCACAUCGAAGGAUAUUCUGACCGAUUGCUCGACGAAAGACUAUCUUCGCUUAUCACCGAGCAGAAUCGUAGCGCCACAUGAAAACUUGCCGCAUUCCGUGCAAUUGUCCGCAGUUGCUGCUUCCCCGAACAACUACAAAAAUUCUACCAAAGAUAUGGAUAUGUUUUAUACGGAUGAUAUUCCAAUAUCAUCAGCGUCUAGUUUAAUAGCGCAAUCUGAAACGUAUAAAACAAACACGACAGAUGUAUCCGAGAAGACUCGCGAAUAUACGCCUUCGUUAAGUGCAGCUAACGAAAUGAAUGCAAGUGGUAGCUUCGAAUCAAUGACAUGUACAUGCAGUAUGCAAGCAUUACCGACUCUGCACGAUGACACAGAUGAUUAUCGAAGCGAAUGCGAGAAUUGCAAAAGUGCUACAGGUUCUCGUUACUAUCUAGAUAACGAAGACGAAUUAGUCACUUCUCUUCAUGAAACCAUGACGUUACAUAGAAGACCGGACGAAGCAACAUCAAGUGCCACACCACAGUAUUAUAGAACUUCACUUACACUGCCGACGAAUACACGCCAACGUACAAGAAUUACCGGGGCUCGUGAAAAUUGGUUCAACACUAUGCCAGAAAGUUCUAGUGGAUCUUCUGAUGAAAAUUAAGUAUGAAGAAAAUAGAGGAAAAUAUUUAAAUGCGCAAAUAAGAUUAUUAUACAUGCACACACACGUACACACACACACACACACACACACACACACACACACACACACACACACACACACACACACACACACACACAUAUUCAGUAUCUGCAUGUGUACACAAUUGUUAAAAUUAUCUAUACAGAGUGUCCCAGAAUUAUCGCACUUCUGCUCUCGGAUAAGAUCGUUGGUUGAAUAUCAAUGCAAUAAUUUUUGCAUCGUGUUAAGAUUCAAAACAAAAAUAUAUUGACAUCUUAUGUGAUGUUUAUCGCGAUAUAAAAAGAGCUCUCAUAAAAAGCUCCACAAAUAUUUCCAUUUCUUCAUACAAUGGCAGUUUAAGUCUUCCAAAAUUCCCUAGCUUUCUUAUACUCCAUGUAACAUUGAGAGAAACUGCCAGUUUUUGGGACAUCCUCUAUAGUGUGUCGCUAUAAUUAUCAUUACUAUACAUCAUUAGCUGUCGCCAUCAUUCUUAUCAUUGGUUGUGUUCAGCAAAGAAAAUUGUUGCAUCAUAUUGUUCUAACAUUCAACACUGAUGUGCUGGAUCUGAAAGUAGGAACCAAUCACAUUCGAUUGCUAUUAAGCGAUUUUUUUGCUGAAUGCAUCCAUUGCUAUCACUAUCAUUAAAUAAAGGAAGUUUGUGAAAUCUUAUAGUGAAAUCUCUUAAUCCGAAAUGAAUCAGACAAAGUUUAAUGAGAAAUUUUACAAUAAAAUAAAACAAACUUUCACACUGUAUUAUUAUUGUAUUAGUAUUAUUAUUGUAUUAGUAUUAUUAUUGUCACUUUUUUAUUGUAGUUAUAUUAUUGUGUGUUACCAUGACAA